AUGGACACCAACAACUUGGUUCACAGCAAUGAUGAAAGCGCGGGUAGCAUUCACGACUCACCCGCUGAGAAUCUUCGGCCCAUGAGUGUCAUCGCCAUUGGAGCUGGUUUCUCUGGAAUCUACUGCGGCGUCAGGAUCCCGGAGCGAUUACGCAAUGUCAAAUUAACCAUAUAUGAGAAGAACGCCGGGGUCGGCGGAACGUGGUACGAAAAUGAAUACCCAGGUUGUGCUUGCGAUAUCCCAGCGCACUCAUAUCAAUAUACCUUUUCACCAAACCCAAAUUGGAGCUCCUUCUAUGCCCCGGCGCAAGAGAUUCGAGAAUACCUUGAGAGUGUGGUCAGAGAGUACUCUGUAGACCGGUUCAUCAAAUGCUUGCACAAAGUGGUGGACGCCCGGUGGGAUGACAGCWAGUCCAAAUGGCAAGUCACAAUCGAAAAGGUCGAGACGGGUGAAACGUUUGUGGAUGAGGCCGACGUUGUAAUCAGUGCCCGAGGAACUCUGAAUGAUAUUUCCUGGCCAAAAGUGCAAGGCUUUUCGGAUUUGAAGAUUCCUGUGAUGCACUCCGCUGCUUGGGACAAGGGCUACGACUUCCGGAACAAGCGUAUCGGCGUGAUUGGCGGUGGCAGUAGCGCAAUUCAAAUCAUUCCUCAGUUGCAAAAGCUACCUGGGACACAUCUAAGUUGCUUCGUUAGAAGCAAAACUUGGAUUUCRCCCCAGUUUGGGGAUGUGUCCAUGCAGAAUCUUGGAAUGAAAGACAGCAAGUUCACCCCUGAGCAAAAGGCACGUUUCGCAAACGACCCAGACUACUAUCUGAAGUUUCGAACCAUCAUUGAGAGGGACGCCAACUCUGUACACGACCUAACUCUCAAAGAUUCGCCAACCCAGCGCGGUGCACGACAGCACUUUACGUCUUUGAUGCAAGAAAGGCUUUCUAAGAAACCUCAUAUCCUCGAAGCAAUUCUGCCAUCUUUUAGUGUGGGCUGCCGAAGGCUCACUCCAGGACCUGGAUAUCUUGAAGCACUCGUGGAAGACAACGUAGAUUUCAUCAAUACACCCAUCUCAAAAGCAACCGAAACCGGUCUUGUGCUUGAGAACGGCGACGUCAAAAAUCUGGAUGUGCUCGUCUGUGCGACUGGCUUCCAGGCUUCAGCUCCCCCGCCGUUCCCAGUGACCGGAAAAGACGGCCUCACAAUGAAACGCAAAUUCGAACCAUAUGCCGAGACUUACAUGUCGUUGGCCACGGACGGUUUUCCUAACUACUUUAUGAUGCUGGGCCCAAAUGCCGCAAUCGGGACCGGUACCUUGACAACCAUGAUGGAAAUGACUGGCGACUACAUCAUCAAAUGCAUUCGCAAGCUACAAAAAGAAAACAUUGCGCAAAUGGAAGUGCAAGAGCGAAGAGUAAAGGACUUUUCAAAGAUCAUCGACCAUUACUUCAAGAAUACUGUAUACCUUGACAAUUGCAGUAGCUGGUAUAAAAGUAAUGGAGGCAAAGGCGAUCGCAUAUCUGGUCUCUGGCCUGGAAGUGCUCUACACGCUAUGGAGUGCCUUCGAUCGCCGCGGUGGGAAGACUUCAGUUAUGUGUAUCAUGGAGAGGAGGAUGAUGGAGGAGAGUGUAAUAGGUUAGGAUGGCUUGGGAAUGGUUGGUCCAUCAUCCAGGUCGAUCCCGACGAGGGCGAGUUGAGCCAUUUCCUGCAACCAGGUAUUAUUGACAUUCCGGCCAAGCCGUUUCCUGAGGAAACGCAAUGCUAUAGACAACGGCCGUUUUCAUAUUGA